AUGAGGGUGCUCCUGCUAGCCUUGGCUGUGGCCUUUGUCGCGGGCCACCAAGUCAAAAUAGCUCCAGAAUUUGAUGUUGGAAAGACAUACUCCUACAAAUAUGAAGCAAUUCUUAUGGGGGGACUACCCGAAGAGGGUCUGGCUCGUGCUGGGUUCAAAAUUCGGAGCAAAGUUCUAAUCAGUCCAUUGGCUACUGACACCUUAGUACUGAAGCUCCUGGAACCAGAGCUCUUUGAGUAUAGUGGUGUCUGGCCCAAAGACGCUUUUGUACCAGCCACUAAGCUCACCUCUGCCCUGGCAGCUCAGCUGAAGACACCACUCAAGUUUGAAUACGUUAAUGGUGUUGUAGGCAAAGUGUACGCACCAGCUGGUAUCUCUACUUCUGUACUGAAUAUCAUCAGGGGAAUCCUCAAUAUUUUCCAAAUGAACAUCAAGAAGACAAUGAACGUCUACGAGCUCCAGGAGCCUGGCGUACAGGGUGUGUGCAAGACCAGUUAUGUCAUCACUGAGGAUGCAAAGGCUGACCGCAUCCUUUUGACCAAGACCAAAGACUUGAACCACUGCCAGGAGAGAAUUGUCAAGGACAUAGGCAUGGCUUACACAGAAAGAUGUCCUGAGUGUCAAUUGAGAGGCAAAGCCCUAAAGGGAACAGCAGGAUUCAACUAUGUCAUGAAGCCAUCAGCCACAGGAGCUCUACUCCUGGAAGCUUACUCGACCGAGCUGGUUCAGUUCUCUCCCAUCAACAUCCUGAACGGUGCUGCCCAGAUGGAGUCCAAGCAGUCCCUGAAAUUCCUCGAGAUCCAGAAAACUUCAGUUGAGCCCCUCAAAACUGAUUACAUCCACCGCGGAAACCUGCAGUACGAGUUUGGCAGCGAGCUGCUUCAGACACCCAUCCAGCUUCUAAGGAUUACCAACGCUGAGGCUCAGAUCGUUGAGAUUCUGAAUCACGUGGUGACCAACAAUGUUGCCAAAGUCCAUGAAGAUGCACCUCUUAAAUUUAUUGAGCUCAUUCAGCUGUUCCGUACCGCCAAAUACCAAACGAUUGAAGCCCUCUGGUCGCAGUUCAAAUCACGUCCAGAACAUAGAGAAUGGAUCCUGAAUACAGUCCCUGCCAUUGGCACUCACGUUUCACUGAGGUUCAUUAAAGAACAUUUCCUCAAUGGUCAACUGACCGAAGCUGAAGCAACUCGGGCUCUUAUGGUAGCCGUGCACAUGGUGACUGCUGACUUGGAAGCCAUUCAGCUCAUUUCAGAUAUUUCCGAGACACCAAAGGUCAUGGAAACUCCAGUUUUGAGUCAAAUUGCUGCGCUUGGCUUUGGCAGUCUGGUUUCUAAAUACUGUGCCGAGAACCCAACUUGUCCAGUGGACCUCAUCAAGGAUGUCCACGAUCUGGUUGCCAAGGCUAUUUCCAAGGGUACUCCAGAUGAUAUAAUCUACCUUCUUAAAAUUCUUGGUAAUGCAGGACAUCCUAGCAGCCUCAAGCCAAUCAUGAAGGUUCUGCCUAUCUUUGGCAAUGCUGCUGCUAAUCUGCCACUCCGAGUUCACAUCGAAGGUGUUUUGGCACUUAGGAACAUUGCGAAGAGAGAGCCGAAAAUGGUCCAAGAGGUUGUUAUUCAGCUGUUCAUGGAUAAAACUCUUGACCCAGAGCUCCGUAUGGUUUCUGCCAUUGUGCUGUUUGAGACCAAACUGCCCAUGGGUUUGGUGACUACCAUUGCUAAUGCACUUUUGAGGGAACCGAAUCUUCAGGUUACCAGUUUGGUCUACUCUUACAUGAAGGCAAUGACGAGAUCCACCACUCCUGAUUCUGUGCACGUUGCUGCAGCCUGCAAUGUUGCUUUGAAGAUCCUCAGCCCCAAACUUAACAGACUAAGCUAUCGCUUCAGCAGAGCGCUGCUUGUUGAUGGCUACUACAGCCCCUGGAUGGUUGGUGCUGCUGCCAGUGCCUUCUAUGUGAAUGACGCUGCAACUGUUUUGCCAAGAGCUGUUAUGGCUAAAGCUCGCUUGUACUUCGCGGGAGUUUAUGCUGAUGUUAUUGAGGUUGGAGUGAGGACUGAGGGAAUCCAAGAAGCCCUUCUUAAAGUCCCAAAUCUUUCUGACGAUGCUGAUAGGCUUACCAAAAUGAAGAGAGUUCUCAAGGCUCUUUCUGAAUGGAGGGCCCAGCCUUCAAGGAAGCCCCUAGCCUCAGCACAUGUUAAGCUUUUCGGACAGGAUAUUGCCUUUGUCGAUGUCGACAAAGUAGUGGUUGAUCAGCUGAUGGCGAUUGUCACCGGGCCAGAAGUUCAGUCUUAUGGAAGGAAGGCCUUAGAUCAGCUCCUGGCUGGUGUGAAAUUUAACUAUGCUCUGCCAAUGCUGGGUGCUGAAGUUCGUCGCAUCAUGCCCACUGUUGUCGGUCUACCUAUGGAACUCAGUUUCUAUACUUCAUCUGUGAUAAAUACGGCCCUUGAACUCCAAGCCACUGUGUCGCCACCUCCAGCUCAGCGAUUCAACCCCUCUCAACUUCUUAAGUCUGACAUCAGCAUUAAGGCGGCAUUUACUCCUAGUGUUUCCAAGUAUACCUAUGCAGUGAUGGGUGUAAAUACUGCAUUGGCCCAGGCUGUAGUGGUCUCAAGAGCCAAAGUUCACACUGUUCUCCCAGCAAAGAUUGAAGCAAGACUUGACAUGAUCAAGGGCAACUUCAAGUUUGAGCUCCUGCCAGUCCAGGGAGUCAAUAAGAUUGCAUCAGCACUUGUUGAGACAUUUGCUGUUGCCCGAAAUGUGGAAGACCUCGCAGCUGCUAAGAUAACACCACUGAUUCCGGCCGAUUAUUCACCACAGUCCUCAAAGAAGUCCUCAUCCAGAUAUUCCAGGAUGACAUCCUCUAUGAGUGGUCACAAGUCAGUGUCAUCUGAACUGAUCUCCAAUCAACCAAGCAAAAUGAACAAACUCAUUAAGGCAUUUGAGAAAAAGCUUUGUAAAGAAAUGGAAACCUUUGGAAUCAAGGCAUGCGCUGUGAUUGAAUCUCGCAGUGCAUCAGUCAUUCGAGAUGUUCCACUGUAUGCCGUCAUUGGAAAGCAUUCCGUUUUUAUUGAGGUUACACCAGCUUCUGGACCAGCAAUCGAGAAGGUUGAAAUUGAGAUUCAAGUUGGAGAGAAAGCAGCAGAAAAGAUCAUCAAAGUCAUUGACCUGAGUCAAGAUGACACUAUUCUUGAGGACAAGAAUGUCCUGAUGAAGCUGAAAAAGAUCCUUGUUCCUGGUCUGAAGAACCGUACCUCUUCCAGCUCUCGCAGCUCUAGUUCUGUUAGCUCUCGCUCAAGCAGCUCAAGCGUUUCUAGGCCAUCCAAGAGCUCUUCAAGUUCCUCUCGCAAAAUAAGCAAAAUGGUUGACACUCUUGACCCGACUGACAAGCCAUCCAAGUUGCAAAGGCCUUCUAGCAAAUCCUCCAGCAGCAGAUCCAGCCUUCAUUCAAGCAAAUCCUCUAGCAGCAGAUCCAGCCUUCAUUCAAGCAAAUCAUCCAGCAGCCAAUCCAGUCUUCGUUCCAGAAAAUCUUCCAGCAGUAGAUCCAGCCUGAAAUCAAGCAAAUCCUCCAGCAGCGUCUCCAGCAGCAGCAGAAGAAGCAGCAGCAGCAGCAGUAGCAGCAGUUCUUCUUCUAGCUCUCAGUCAAAGCAAGAAUUGUACGACAUGAAUUUUACCAAGAUCCACAUCCACCAGCAUUCAGUACCUGCAAGUCGCCGCAAUAGCCACAGCAGUGCUCGCAGUUUUGAGGCCAUCUACAAUAAGGCUAAAUACCUCGCUAGUGCCACCCCUCCAACUGUGACCAUCCUUAUCCGUGCCGUGAGGGCCGACCGCAAGGAACAAGGGUACCAGAUUGCAGCUUACUUUGAUAAAGCGACUUCCAGAGUGCAGAUCAUUUUUGCCAACCUGGCAGAGAAAAACAACUGGAGAAUUUGUGCUGAUGGUGUGAUGCUGAGCGACCACAAGUUGAUGGCCAAGAUUGCCUGGGGUAUUAACUGCAAACAAUACAUGACUGAGAUCGCUGCUGAAACUGGUCUUGUUGGUCAAGAACCAGCGCUCCGUUUGAAGCUGACCUGGGACAAACUGCCAAGCAACAUGAGAUACUAUGCAAAGAGGUGGUCUGAAUAUGUUUCAAGAUUAGUUCUGGAAACGGGAGUUAGCGUGGCAAAGGUCAAGAAUGUUCCCAAUCAGAUCAAACUGACAGUGGCGAUUGCUUCAGAACAAAGCCUGAAUAUUGUCCUCAAGACACCAAGGAGCACAAUCUUCAAAGAAGGCAUCCCUCUUCCCAUUUCCCUGCCAAUUGGUGAAACUGCGUCAGAGUUGAAGGCGUAUGACGAUAGCUGGGUUGACACCAUCUCUUACAUGGUCAGCAAGGCUCAUGCAGUUGAAUGCAGAGUAUCCAAGGACACAGUGAACACAUUCAACAACAGGACAUUCAAGGCAGAGAUGCCUCACUCCUGCCCCCAGGUUUUGGCUCAGGACUGCACCGCUGAGGCUAAAUUCAUUGUUAUGCUGAAGAGAGACCAAGAACGAGAACAAAACAUGCUCAUUGUGAAGAUUGCAGAUAUUGAUGUCGAGAUGUAUCUGAAGGACAGUGUUCCCACGGUGAAGGUUGACAAAAAAGAAAUCCCUGUUAAUAAGCUGCCAUACCGUCAUCCAACAGCCGACAUCCAGAUCAAACAGAGUGGUCAGGGCAUCGCCCUCCACGCUCCCAAACAUGGUCUUCAGGAGGUGUACUUUGACAUCAAUGUCCAGAAGGUUAAAGUAGUGGACUGGAUGAGAGGACAGACCUGUGGUCUUUGUGGAAAAGCCGAUGGGGAGAUCAGACAGGAAUACCGAACGCCCAACACACGUUUGACCAAGAGCGCGGUCAGUUAUGCUCAUUCCUGGGUGCUGCCCGCUGAGAGCUGCAGAGACGCCACAGAGUGUUACAUGAAGCUUGAGUCUGUCAAGCUGGAGAAACAGAUCAUACUCCACGGCCAAGAGUCCAAAUGCUUCUCUGUUGAGCCGGUGCUGCGCUGUCUGCCUGGCUGCAUGCCACUGAGAACCACCACUGUCUCAGUUGGCUUCCAUUGCCUGCCUGCUGACACCCAACUGAACCGUUCUGGGGGAAUGAGCAGCAUCUUCGAGAAGAGCGUGGACCUAAGGGAAACCACCGAAGCCCACGUAGCCUGCCGUUGCACUGCUCAGUGUGCUUAA